AUGGAUAUCUUUGGCAGAUGGUUGACUAACGAUGACAAAGAAGAGAAAAAAAGAUCCUGUGUUGUCACGACAUCGCAGGCCAACUUGACCUUUUACAACAAAAAAUAUAUAAAGCAAUUUCACUUACCGUUGUCAAUCACAAUGAUACACCUGGUCACAAAAUUCCUGUUAGCCUGGCUUGUACGUUCCAUCUGGCAGUGUAAGACUGGACAACCUCGCAUUGAGCUCACCUGGAUACCUUACUUAAAACGUGUAGCACCACCUGGUGUGAUCAGUGCUUUGGACAUAGGAUUAUCAAACUGGAGCUUUGAAUUUAUCACAGUUUCUUUGUAUACCAUGUGUAAAUCUACAGCUGUUAUUUUUAUACUGGGAUUUUCUCUAUUAUUUAAAUUAGAAAAAUUUAGACCAUCUUUAGUUUUGGUCGUGUUUUUUAUAUCUGGAGGUCUGUUUUUAUUCACCUAUCAUUCUACACAGUUUCACAUCAUUGGCUUCAUCCUCGUAAUGUCUGCAACAUUCUUGUCUGGUCUCCGAUGGACACUUACACAAAUCAUGGCCAACCGCAGUGAGAUGGGACUUAGAAAUCCUAUUGACAUGAUGUACCAUCUUCAACCAUGGAUGAUACUGGGGCUUCUGCCAUUAUCAGCCACCUUUGAAGGUAUCCAUUUGGGUAGUACAAAGCAGGUGUUCCGGUAUGAUAAUUCACUUGUUCUUCUGUCAAACAUUGGCCUCCUGUCUUUUGGAGCAUUUUUGGCAUUUUUUAUGGAAACAGCUGAAUUUCUUCUUUUGGCUAAUACUUCCAGUUUAACUCUUUCAAUUGCUGGAAUCUUCAAGGAGGUGCUAGUCUUGUUUUUAGCUGCUGAAAUCAACGGAGACCACAUCUCCUUUAUUAAUGGCCUUGGAUUUGGAAUUUGUUUGAUUGGGAUGAUGCUUCACAUUAUCUUGAAAACCAUUCACAACAAGGAACACAAGUUUGAAAGAGAAGCAGAACCCAUUUCAGAUGAGUUACUUGAAAUGUUGACUCAUGAUGGUAAUGCCAAUGAUACUGAUGAUGAGGAGGAAAGCAUUUUCAGGCAGUCUUCCUACAGCUGA